AUGACGUCAUUAGGUUUCCACUUGCAACUAGUUGGCAAGACUAGGACACAAAGCAGGGAUCGCCACAAUGGCAGGAUCCAGAGUUUACGUCAUCGUAUUGAUGGCCUCACCUUUGAUGAGGCUCACCCGACAAGCCAGCAAAUGCCAUCAUCGUAUUACCAGACACCACUACCACCAUUGUAUCAAUAUAGAUCAUUUCCAUCAUCGUAUUACCAGACUCCACCACCACCACCACCACCUCUACACAUGAUUGGAUUAGUACCACUUCCACCACCGCCGCCUCCAUACAUGCAUGGAGUAGUACCACCAACACCUCCACCACAGCAGACACCCCCCACUGGGAGCCACUUAGUUAUUCAUCCUCGGUCAGGAAGGCCUCAGAGAUUGACACGUCCUCAUGGAUGUGGGAUGGGACACCACUUGGACCAUCAUGGCGGUCAGCAUCAGUAG